CGUGGUUCUCCCGGCGCAUGCGCAGAGAGGCUGCCGAUGACAGCCGGUAGCCAUGGCGGCCGGGCCGCCUCUCGAACACGAAACGCAGAUCUUCCUGGAUCUUUUCCACCAGGACGGCCUGGUCAUCUGCGCCCGCGGGCUGGGCGUCGACCGCCUGCUCCUCCGCUUCCUUCGGCUCUACUGCGAGCCCACCCGGCUGGUUCUGGUGCUCAACACCAGCCCUGCGGAGGAGGAAUAUUUUAUUGACCAGUUAAAGACCGAUAACGUUGCUUAUCUUCCUCGGCGAGUUACAAAUGAAAUUGCCAGCAGCAGCCGCUAUGAGGUUUACACCCAGGGAGGAGUUAUUUUUGCCACUAGCCGAAUUCUGGUGGUGGAUUUCCUGACCGACAGGAUUCCUGCGGAUCUUAUCACUGGAAUUCUGGUGUACAAAGCCCACAGAAUCAUCGAGUCGUGCCAAGAAGCUUUCAUCCUGCGGCUUUAUCGCCAGAAGAACAAGCAAGGUUUCGUCAAAGCCUUCACCGAUAACGCCCUGGCUUUUAACACCGGCUUUUGUCAUGUGGAAAGGGUCAUGCGAAACCUCUUCGUGAGGAAGCUGUAUCUCUGGCCAAGGUUUCACGCGGUGGUGCACUCUUUUCUAGAGCGACACAAACCCGAAGUGGUGGAAAUACACAUCACUAUGACGCCAGCCAUGCGUGCCAUCCAGAGUUCCAUACUGGACAUCCUGAACGCCUGUCUGAAGGAACUGAAGCAGUGCAACCCUGCUCUGGAAGUGGAGGAUCUGUCCUUAGAAAAUGCCAUUGGCACGGCGUUUGAAAAGACAAUCCGUCAUUAUUUAGAUCCUCUUUGGCACCAGCUUGGAUCCAAGACCAAAUCCCUGGUCCAAGAUUUGAAGAUCCUCCGUACAUUGCUACAGUACUUGACUCAGUACGACUGCGUCACUUUCCUUCAUCUUUUAGAAUCCCUCAAAGUGUCGGAAAAAGCUUUCGGUCAGAAUUCAGGCUGGCUUUUUCUGGAUUCUAGUACAUCAAUGUUUCUGAACGCUCGGAGUAGAGUUUAUCGCCUGCCAGAAGAUAACGCGAAUAAGAAAAAAAAAGGCUCGGAGAAAACAGAGGUCAAAGAAGCGAAAGAACAGAAGCGAGAAUUGGUCCUGGAAAGCAGUCCGAAGUGGGAAGCUCUGGGAGAAGUGCUGAAGGAGAUUGAAAAGGAGAACGCCGACAGCGAAGCCCUCGGUGGGCCAGGUGAGGACCUACCUCCAGACAAGGAUGGACAGGGCCGAGUGCUGGUAUGUGCCAGCGAUGACCGUACCUGCGCUCAGCUCAAGGAAUACAUCACCAUUGGGACCGAAGCCUAUUUAACCAGACUCUACAACAAAACCUUCGGGUCGGACAAGGAAGCGAACGCGGCCGGCCUGAAGAACCGGAGAGAGGCCAAAGACCGUGACAAGAACGGCCAAGAACCGCUAGCCAAGAAAGCCAAAACGGAAUCCUCCAAGCCGAAAAGGAAAAAGAAAAAGGCAGAGUUAACCUUGACGCAAAUGUUGAACACGGAGCACCAGGAAAACAUCAAGGUAGAAGAAGGAGAUUCUGAGGACCUCAACAGCAGCCAGGAGAGCAACGGGGAAAGAUCCGAGGGUCUCCAGUUAAAACUGUCCUCCUCCGAUGCCUAUUACGGCAUCCUAAAGGAACCGCUGACCGUCAUCCAUCCUUUAAAUGGCUGCGGGGAUCCGUACGCCCUCACGUCCGUCUUGCACGAGGUGGAGCCCAGAUACGUCGUCUUGUACGAUGCCGAGCUGACGUUUGUUCGCCAGCUGGAAGUUUACAAGGCCAGCAGACCAGGAAAGCCGUUGAGGGUUUAUUUCCUGAUCUACGGAGGGUCGACGGAAGAACAGCGCUACCUGACCAUGCUAAGGAAAGAGAAGGAAGCUUUUGAAAAACUCAUUCGAGAGAAGGCCGGCAUGGUAAUUCCGGAAGAAAGAGAAGGGCGGGAUGAAACCAAUUUGGAUUUAGCAAGAGAUUCCACAGCAGCCACCGUUUCAAUUGACACACGCAAAGCAGGUGGCCAACACCAGAAGGCUGUGCAGCACAGGAUCGUGGUGGACAUGCGUGAAUUUCGCAGCGAGCUUCCCUCCUUGAUUCAUCGGCGGGGCAUCGACAUCGAGCCCGUGACAUUAGAAGUCGGGGAUUACAUUCUCACCCCGGACAUCUGUGUGGAGCGCAAGAGCACCAGCGACCUCAUCGGCUCCCUCAAUAAUGGCAGGUUGUACACUCAGUGCGUCUCCAUGUCUCGCUACUAUCAACGGCCUGUCCUGCUCAUUGAGUUUGACGCCAGCAAACCCUUUUCUCUCACUCCCCGGGCUUCUCUGUACCAAGAGAUCUCCAGCAACGACGUGAUCUCCAAGCUCGCCCUCCUGACGCUUCACUUCCCGCGCCUCCGGCUCCUGUGGUGCCCUUCUCCGCACGCCACGGCCGAAGUGUUCGAAGAAUUGAAACAGAACAGGCCUCAGCCUGACGCAACGGCGGCUUUGGCCAUCACGGCCGAUUCAGAAACCCUCCCUGAACGGGACAAAUACAACCCCGGCCCUCAAGACUUCUUGCUAAAAAUGCCUGGAAUCAAUUCGAAAAACUGCCAGGCCGUAAUGAAUCACGUCGAGAGUAUCGCAGAACUGAUAUCUUUUUCUCAAGAGAAGUUGGCCGAACUUCUGGGCAACGCUGCCAAUGCCAAGCAGCUCUACGAAUUCAUCCAUCUGCCUUUGACGGAGGCCGUUCCUCAAGGGAAAACGAAGAGGUGAUGAUGCGUCAGCCCCAGGCUCCGUGUUUCAUGGGAAGUGUCACAUAGGAAACGACCUGUGCAUAUCCAGUCUCUUUAAACUGGGCCAGUUUACAACAGGAGACAACGGUAAUUCGACUGGUCCAGAUGUCCUUUUCUGAUCCGCCAAACGCUCCCGGAUAUCACGAAGUUCCUUCACCAAGUUUUUCUUGGGUGUGCCAAGCUGUCUACCCCCUCGAGUUUAUUUUUAACAUGAGAAGUUGCAGUUUCUCCUUUGGCCACAGGCUUUUGCAGAAGGCGAUGGUAGCUUCUGAACCGUGCCUGGCUCCAGGAAACAUUGGAUAAAGGUGCCUACAGGGGUGUGUAUGUGUAUGUGUGAAAACCUGCAAGGAAUUUGCAAAUUUUAACACUCCUCUCUUCCAGAUGCCACAUUUUUUUCCCUUGGUUCUUUUACAAGCUUUAAAGCAGGAAUGUGCAACCGUGGCCACUUUAUGACCUGUGAAGAUCAAUUCCCAGAAUUCCUGACCUGUGGACAUCAAGUGUUAGAAUUCCUGAGCCAGCAGGAAUUUUGGGAGUUGAAGUCCACGGGUCGUAAAGUAGCCAUCGUUGCAUAACCUGUUUUACGGGAAGCGUUCUAAAACGAGCAGGUCGUUUUGGGCAUAAUACCUACACUAAGUUCAUUCCUAAUCUUUUUGUUUUGUUUUGUUUUGUUUUGUCAGACUUUUUGGUCACACUUCACUUUUUUCAGUUUUUUUUCCCCCUCCCCUUGCUUGCUUAACUUUGGACGUUAUAUAACACGAAACUGCCAUAGGAUUAUUGUUUAAAAAAACAGCUGCAUUUCGCACUCCGCGUUUGUUUGAAAAGAGGUGGGAGGAAGAUCUAUUAGUAGAUUUCAGCUCCUGCUCCUUUUGGUGAUUCAUCCAAGUUUUUUGGUUUUUUUUUUUUAAACAUAAAUGCACAUUUUAUAAAUAUUGACUUAAAGGGCUUUAAAGUGUGUCAAAAUGCCAUUUAGCUAUACCUAAGAUAUCACAAGUGCCCUUUAGUAGUUUAAAACAGCUCUUAAAGAAGUAGGUUUCAUUUUUGUUUAAUCGAUGCUUUGGAUAAAAAAAAAAACGGGGAAAUUGCAGAUAUUUCGGUCUUUUUAUGCAUUGCUACUGAUUUGGAUUGCCUAUAAUCUCUUUUAUGGCUGCUGGCAGCUGUUGUGAGCCUCAAAUGUAUAAUAAGGGUGCUUUAAAAAUAUUGAAUUAAUUACGCAGAUCGAUCCAAAGUUUUAAUCCAUAAAAUACAGCACAGCCUUAUUGAUCAGAUUUUUUUUUAAUACUAUUUCUCUUCAUGUUCAUGUUUAUAGAAACUGUAAAAAGGGAAAUUUUUCUAUCUUAGAAGAGGCAUUUUAUAAGCUGUCAUGCAGGAGAAAGUAAGUGUAUUUUAAGAUGGCGCCUGGACUUAUUUAUAAACUUAAUACUGUAUUGCCUUUCUUUGCACUGCAACUAUUUUUAUUACAGGCAAAUGUAUGCAGAUUUAUUUAAUUUCACAUAUAUGCCAUGAAAGAAUUGAGGCUCUAAUUCUUGAUCUUUCCAGGAUCAUAGCAUACUUAUCAAUUUACUUAUCAUUUUUGCUAGCCAAAUCUAAGAAUUUUUAAUCCAUGCUUUAGGUGCGUUCCAUUUAUGUUUAAUCAACUUGAGAUGGUAAAACAGAUGAAUUUCCGAGAGAAGAGAAAUUGCUGGCAGAUAAAUAACCAUUCCUGGGGGGGAAGUAGAUCCAAAUGGAUUCCCCUUAAUGCAUUGCUAAAAAUGAAUUCAGUUAUUUGCGUGACAUAUACAGCUAUGUUUACUCAGGGCUUUAAGAUAGGUGGACUUCAACUCCCAGAAUUCCCCAGCCUUGUUGCCUGGGGAAUUCUGGGAGUUGAAGUCCAUCCCUCUUAAAGCUGCCGUGGUUGAGAAACGGUGUUAAUGUAUGACUAGAAGUAAUUACUCAAAUUGAAACAGAAAUACAGUCCGUGUCAUCAUUAAGGGGAGAAAGUUUUUUAUGCACUGUCCAGAUAAUUGCUCAGACUCCUUGCUAGUAAGGGAGUACCAUCAGAUGCUCGCCUUUUAAAAGUUAUUUAUCUAGAAAUCAGAUUUGAGCCGUGCAGCCGUUAAACAAAGAGCUCUUUUGGGCUGAAGGAGCAUUGUCUUUUUAUUACACUUCAGGUAGAAAUUGUCUUCUAUAAAAUAGGCACAAUGCUUUCCCCCAUUUUUCCAACUACCAAACCUCUCUGUGGAGGGGGAAAUACUAUGUCAGUCAUUUUGUGUUUUUGGAAACUGAAUAGGAAUGACUUUUCUAUUACAGCCCUGGGGGGGAAACUGUAAAUAAAUAAAUAUAAACAAGAAUGGCCAAACUUCUUUGUUCUUAAUAGACAGUGCGGUAUGUGAAAGGCCUAGAAAUUGCCCAUGAGCCCAAUCAGGGCAUGUUUUUAAAUCUCGAUGAUAAGGCAGAUGGAAGAUUUUGUUUUCCAAAUAUUUCACACUGCGGUGGGAUGCGUUUGGCUUUUUUGUAGAAAUCACAGAAAUGCAAAUCUGGGAUUCAAGGACUAGUCUGCUGUGGAGAGGAUGAGUCAUUUGGUAACAGAAUUUGGAUUUUUAUAUGAUUCUGUAAUGAUACCUACCGUUUUCAAGUGUCCUACAAAAUAUUAGAAUCUUGGUGAUUAAAACUGUUUUUGUACUUGCAUUAAAAGAAAAUUCACUG